CGCUCCAUCUCAGUGGUGUGUUUGCGGAAUUGAAACUUAAAUUUCGUGGUUAAAACAUUACCAUUUUCACAGUUCGUAAGAAUGCCAUUAUCCACCAUUGACGAUAGAAUCGAAACACAGAGCUAUCCUGAGAGUGCGGAAUCACAGAAAGCAAAGGAAAUGGAAAGGCGUCAUAGAAGAAAUGAAGAUUUAGCGCGCUUCAUUUUGUCUAGAGCUUCAAUUUACCUUCAUCGCAUCAACAAGGCAGUGUCGGAAACUGCUGCCCGGUAUAGGCUCCAGGAAAUUGCUCAAGCUGUUUUUGCUAGCCUACAGCAAUACCCGAUACUGGCACUUGCAGUGGCCAUCGUGAUAUUCACCUUCACCCUGCCGUUCCUGGUGUUCAUCUUCUUUACAAUGACCACGGCGGUGAUGGCCUUCACCGGUUUUGUGCUAAUCGAAGGCGCACUCAUUACAGCUGCUUCGGUAAUGCUAGUAAGUUUGCUCAUUGGCGUAUUUUUAAUGAUGGCCAUCGUGGGGCUAAUGUUUUUAACCGGCUAUUUGGGCAUAUCCCGCGUGUACGAAUGCGUAACACGCUUUAAAGUGGAUGAUUUGCGCGAGUACUUGCGGGACAACUAGUUUCAGGUAAAGAGAGGUAUCGUUGGGGUUUUUGUUGUUGAUUUUGUUUCUUCCGUUUUUAUACGUAAUUUAAUAUGUUGAUAAGAAAUUUAUGUAAGAAAACUAUCAGUAUACCUUUUUAAACAUACUAGCUGCAUAAAAGGCCAAACAUGCAGUGCUUUAAGUUAUUUCAUAUUUAUGUUGGUUGCGGGACGUUAAAUGAUUAAGGGAUGUUCUAGAAAUGUUACCAUCACAAAGCAAUUAGUCUCGAAUAAUGUGUGCCAAUUAUGAACAAAUGCUGAUAUUAUCGAUCUGAUUGGGGAAUGUACUAAAGGAUUUCGGAGAACAAUUGUAUUAAUAAAGUUCAAGGCAGUU